AUGGACCUAGACGGAUACGAACGCGCCCGGGCCUGCGAGCUCUGUCGAGUGUCCAAAGUGCGUUGUGAGCAGCCAGACCGGAGUCGGCCCUGUAAGCGGUGCGCGAAAGGCCAGAGAGUGUGUGUUCCCGCCACGCGAAGUCAACCGACCAAGUCCCUUCCGGUACAGUCACAACUCUCGGUGCUGGAGGAGCGAGUGUGUGGUCUACUUGCGCUGUGCCAGCAAGAGCAGAGGCGUGAGGCUGGCGAGGUGGUUGGGUGGAGGUCGCAACGUGGUUAUCAGCAGCGUGCAGGGCCCUUUCAAGCGCCUAAAAAUACCAACACCACUGCAUUUGUGGAAACAGGCAUGGCGCAAAUCGUCGACCAUGCGGAAGCAGAUCGUCUCUUCCACUGCUACUGUACAGAUCUGGCAGUUUGUUUCCCGGCAGUCGUCUUUGGCCGUGCCGUAUCUGCAGCGCAGGUGCGAUUGUCUAGUCCGUUAUUGUUUCUGGCGGUCAUUGCGACUGCCGCUAGAGCCAUGUGUAGCGUCGAUAUCCAGGCCAGGCUGCGCGUCUUGGUGUUUAGUGUUCUCGACUCCUGCAUGGGCAAUAGUGAGGAAUACACCGUCGAGCUGUUACAGACAGUCGUUCUCUUAGCGCUCUGGUAUAUUCCCGCUCCGCACGAUACGACGAGCUUUGAGCAUCUGUGUUAUGGUGCGAUGGAGAUAGCGGCGUUCUUACGGUCAAGGACGGCGCAUUGGAUCGGAACAGAGGCGCAGCAUCUCGAAGCUGGUCGAGCGUGGCUGGCUACGUAUUAUCUGGAGACAAUGGUGUCAAUGAGAUUGCCCAGUCCCCGUCCAUUAAGAUCCAAUGGGCAUGCGGAGGAAUGCAUGGGUAUGUUGACGAGCUCGCCACUCGCACAGCCCGGUGAUGCUACCUUGGUCUACUAUCUUGGUUUACAGCAGAUCACACUGGACUGUGCCCUGAGGCUGCAGCCUCCUUCACAAAUAACCUCUCCAGGAGAGAUACACGACAUCCUGAGCCAAUGUAAUCAGGCCAUUGAAGCCCAAUCCACCUUGCGACAGUAUGACGGAAAUUUCACUUCCACCCAGAAAGCUAUUGCAUCCAUCCUCUAUCACGCAUGUAGGGUUUGUAUCUAUGAAGCAGCAAUAAACCACACUCGCCUCGCCAAAAACCAACGAAGCGACGAAACUCAGCAUGCACCGUGCCUAUUCUCCUCGCCAGAACAAUCCCUCAUGGAAUGCUUAGAGUCCGCUCACAACGUCAUCUCCGCGUUUACACUGCUCCCACAACGCGAUAUCCAAGUGCUCCCAACCGUUGUCCUCCUCAGAGUCAUCCAUGCCACAGUAGUACUCGUCAAGAUUAUCAUCUCCGUCUCCAAAAGCUGCAGCAUCGGCUGCCAUGCGACUCGCACUCAGGAAAUGCGGGUCGACCAUGCACUAGAUGAGAUGAUCCUGACAAUGACGGGCUGCCAGCCCGCCUGGCCAGCAACAAAAUGGACGCGCAUUCUGCUCGGCCUACGAAGGAGACUCCGAGAGAGUCAGCGAAGCCUGGUCUUGAUGCAGUCUCAGUCGCCCCCAAAAGACUAUAAUCCAUGCUGGGCUAGGGUAUCGAGUUCGCCAUCCGCAUCGGCAUCCACAUCGACAUCUUCGGCUACUUUGUCCUCAUUUGGAUUGCCAUCUUGGGAUAUUUCCUCACCACUCUCAUCGUUUCCGCUGUUUCACGAGUCCUCUCUCCUGGAGGAGAAUAGUCUCGAUCCUUCAGCGUUGACCACCAACUGCGUGUUGCAAGGGAAUCAGGAAGCGUCUAUCUCUCUGCCUCAGGAGGAUCCGUCGACGCUAUCCCCCAGUGAUUUGGCAAUGGCUACUUUAUUGACGGAUUGCCUUUCUGCCCGUACAUUAGAUGCCGAUUUGAGCAUGUUGGACACAUCUUUUGCUGGAUCUGGUGUCGAGUAG